AUGGACACAGGGCCUAAACAAAGGCGACAUAUUAAUCCACGUUACAAAGCAAAUUUGUUUUCUAUACUUACUUUCGGAUGGACGCUCGAGACCUUUAUGUUGGGAUAUAGUCGAGAUAUAAAAGAAGAAGAUCUAUAUGCUCCGUUACCGGAACAUCGAUCAGACAUUUUAGGUAGAGCCAGUCUCGAUUAUUUAAGAUAUUGUAAUACUCUACAAAGUGCUUGGGAACAAGAAGUAGAAGCCAGUAGGCUUCGCAAUGAUAGCAGCAAACCUAAAUUAAUAAAAGCAUUGAUCAAGGUUUUCGGCUCUGAACUAAUGUUAUAUGGUUUAAUAUUAGCCGCAAUGGAGUUCUUAAUCAGAUUGCAGCAACCAUUGUUUUUAGGUCUAUUGCUUCGCUACUAUAGUCCUGCUCAAAAUUUGUAUAACACUACAUCUAAUUCUACUUAUCUCUCUCGACUUCAUAAAUAUUAUGAUGUCACUGGUGGUUUAUCUUGGGGGGAAGCAGUAUUUUUUUCUUUUGGUGUAAUAUUUUGUAGUAUGAUAAAUGUCAUGGUCCAGCACCCGUUUAUGAUGGGUGUAAUGCAUAUAGGUAUGAAAAUACGAGUUGGAAUUUGCAGUCUCAUUUACAGAAAGACUUUAAAAGUUAAUCUUCAAGCGAUGUCUGAAAAUAGUGGAGGACUUGUUGUAAAUCUAAUGGCAAAUGACGUAAACCGUUUUGACUCUGGUCCUCUUUUCGUACAUUACCUUUGGAUAGGGCCACUGGAGACUGUGCUAAUAACAUUUUAUUUAUAUCGAGAGAUGGGUAUAUCAGCAGUAUAUGGAGCUCUGAUUGUCAUGGCGGCUGUUCCAUUUCAGGUAUUUCUUGGUACCCGCACGGCAUAUUAUAGACGUAAAACAGCGAUGAAAUCUGAUGAAAGAGUAAGAUUGAUGGAAGAAAUUAUAAUGGGCAUUGAGGUGAUUAAAAUGUAUACGUGGGAACAACCAUUUAGAAAGAUUAUUGAUACUGUUAGGCGACAGGAGAUGUAUUAUAUCAAGAUGACUUCGUACAUACGAGGAGUUGUGAUGUCAUUCAUAAUGUUCACAGCACGGUUUAGCAUUUUUAUUACUGUUCUACUCUACGUGAUGUACGUAAAUCGUAUCACAGUGGAGAAUGUUUUCUUUCUCACGUGUUAUUACAACAUUAUGAAGCAAACCAUGACACUUUUCUUUCCUCAAGCCGUUGGACAGGUCGCGGAAAUGAAUGUUGCUGUGCAAAGAAUAAAUGAAUUCUUAUUGAUAGAAGAGUCUCACUUACCCGCUAGGGAUCAUUCAGUAGAUAUCACACAAAUUGAAGAGAAACCCAAGAAACGCGUUUUCAUACCACGUAAGCAGCUACAAGUAAUUUAUAUGUAUCAAAGAAUUCACAAAGAUCAGAUUGCUAUAAGAUUUGAUGAAAGCUGCAGCCGUUGGAUAAAGUCGUCGGAUAAAAAUGAUGUCAUCAAUAUUAACUUAAAAGUGUAUAGUGGUUCAUUGACAACGAUAGUUGGAGCAGUUGGAUCUGGUAAAUCGACAUUAUUACACAUGAUGCUCAGUGAGCUUCCUUGCUUAACUGGUAGUAUGGAAGUUACUGGCAGUAUGAGUUACGCUAGCCAGGAUCCAUGGCUUUUCGUUGGUUCAGUGCGUCAGAACAUCUUAUUUGGGCAGCCCUUUGUGAAGUCACGGUAUAUGGAAGUAUGCAAGGUGUGCGCACUUGAAAGAGACAUUUCUAUGUUUCUUCACGGUGAUAAAACCAUUGUUGGAGAACGUGGUGUAUCUUUAAGUGGAGGUCAGCGUGCGAGAAUUAACUUAGCUCGAGCAGUUUAUAAAGAGGCUGAUAUUUAUUUGCUUGAUGAUCCAUUGUCAGCAGUUGAUACACAAGUUGCUAGGCAUAUUUUUGAACAUUGCAUGAAAAGAUACUUAGGAAAUAAAACUGUCAUAUUAGUAACACAUCAACUGCAAUUCAUAAAAUCUGUUGACCAAAUUGUUAUAAUGGAUAAAGGCACAAUUCUUGCUGAAGGAAGCUACGACGACCUAAAUGUUAUACAUAUCUUUUUUGUUUUUAUUCUUAUUAUAUUCUUUGGAAAGAAUAAGUUCAUUACUGUGGCCACUUACUAUUUCGGUAAAAAACGAAUUUUACAGAAAGAAGAACUAGGAAUCAUACGAUUGAUGCGAGACAAAUCGCAAGAAUUGCGAAAAGAAGAUGUAUCGUCUCCAAACAUAAUGCAAGCUACAAGUGGUCUUAGCUUAAAACGUUCACAUUGGUCUCAUUGGUCCAUGAUCUUCAACAUUACAGAUCAACAUCAAGAUGCUGAAAUUCAAACAAUAGGAAGAGUGCGAGGAUCUGUCUACAGAGACUUCUUUUUGGCCGAUACUUCUUGCCUUUUUUUCUCUAUUGUCCUAUUAAUGUUCUUUUUAGCACAAUUCUUUGCCAGUGCAAGUGAUUACUGGAUAAGUCUAUGGAGUCACGCAGAGGACCAUUUAACCGGUGAUGCUACGAUGGAUAAUUUGCUAUGGUCACAGCAUGGAUUGAGACGUAAAGAUUUUAUUAAUAUCUUUGGUGUUUUAACAAUUGCAACGGUUGCCGUUGCUUUGAUACGAGCUUUUUUAUUCUUCACACUAUGCAUGAAAUCUUCAAUAAAAUUACAUGAUAUGAUGUUCGAAUGCAUUUCGCUUUCACCUAUGAGUUUUUUCCACACCAAUCCAUCAGGAAGAAUCUUGAAUCGUUUUAGUAAAGAUAUGGGCUCUGUUGAUGAAUUACUGCCACAAGCUAUGUUAGAUUGUCUACAAAUAAUGUUGACCUUAGCUGGUGUUGUCGUUGUCAUUGUGAUGACUGAAGUGGCACUACUAAUACCUAUUGCGACAGCUCUUAUCAUAUUUUAUAUUUUCCGUUUGAUUUACGUUCGAACAACUGGUGCUAUCAAGCGCCUCGAAGGGAUAAAUAUUGAAGGAAGCAAUGUUGGUCUCAUUAUAACUCAGUCUAUAUCAUUGACUGGUAUAUUCCAAUGGGGCAUGCGACAGUCCGCGGAAAUGGAGAAUCAGAUGACAAGUGUUGAAAGAGUUUUAGAAUAUACAAAACUACAAAAGGAAUCUGCUUCUUCUACGACACCUGAUCAAAAACCUCCAGAAGACUGGCCAACUGAAGGAGCAAUAAAAUUUAACGAAUUGAGUUUAAAAUAUGUUCCUGACGGCAAUUAUGUCCUUAAUAAGCUGCACUUCAAUAUUCUUCCUCGCGAAAAGAUCGGCAUAGUUGGUAGAACUGGAGCAGGCAAAUCUUCAAUAAUACAAGCAUUAUUUCGCUUAGCAUAUUUAGAAGGAACGAUCACAAUCGAUUGCAUCGAUAUAACGUCUAUAGGCUUAAAGUAUUUGAGACAAAAAAUAUCUAUUAUACCGCAGGAACCUGUCUUAUUCAGUGGAACUUUAAGAAAGAAUUUAGAUCCAUUUAACGAGUACACCGACGAAUUGCUACUUCGAGCUCUAGACAAAGUAGAACUUUUGACGGAAGAUGAAGGCGUUGAAGCUCUCUACAAACAAGUAUCAGAUUGUGGAAGCAACUUUAGCGUUGGGGAGCGUCAACUAGUGUGCUUGGCUCGCGCUAUUGUCAACAACGACAAAAUACUACUGCUAGACGAAGCCACAGCUAACGUGGACGCACAAACCGACGCACUCAUACAAAAUACUAUUAGAGAAUACUUUAAAAAUUGCACCGUACUGACUGUGGCACACAGACUAAACACUAUUAUAGAUUCUGAUAAGAUUUUAGUGCUGGACGCUGGAAAUCUCGUCGAAUUCGACCAUCCCCAUGUAUUAUUACAAAAUAAAAAGGGAUAUUUUCGUAAAAUGGUUUCUGAAACCGGCCCUGGCAUGGCCAAAAUAUUACACAAACUUGCGGCUGAAAACUACAAUAAAAUAAAACAAGACGAA